AUGAGCACAGUACCAUUUGGGUACAAGCCGUCCCCCAAGGCUUUGGGACGGUCUGACAAAAAGGACAGUUUAGAGGACAAGGACAAACGCCAGAACAAUGCAACAACAGGAGCAUCGGCUGCUAGUAUGCGGGCGCUUACUGCCCGUAUGUUCGCCUUCUACUUCCGAGUACCUGUAAAAGCAUUCUUCCGAACGCGAAUCGACUACCUUGCAUUCCCAAGGGCUAUCAACCCGUUGCUACAAACUACUGGAAAAUGGUCUUGGAAAAUGACCACUCCUGGCAUCUUGGCUUAUGCUGUUCAGAAACACGGAUGGUCGUUUAUUCCUAAUCAAGUGCUACCUCCAUUGCUAGCAAAUGUCACCGUCGGGGCAGUCUUGUACACUUCCUAUCUCGGAGCGCUCGGCCUCUACUACGAACCAGCUUCGCAUUCCUCUAAGAGGAUAUACCCGCCGGCACCCUUCUCAGCAACAUUUGCCGCUGGAUUCUCAGCAGGCGCUUUUCAGAGCGUUGUCGCCGCGCCUCUAGAUGCUCUUACCAUUCGUUUUAAGACGACUGACCUCACUCAAGGUACCUACAAGCACAUGUGGGAUUAUGCUUCAAAGAAGCUUCGGGCUAUUGGUGCGCGUGGUGCCUUUGCAGGGUGGGGUCUAUCGUUCUGCAAAGAUGCCUUUGGAUAUGGCCUGUUCUUCGGGGCCUUCGAGUUCAUCAAGUCUCAAUGCUUUUACGAAUACGUGAGCCAUUGGUACUCGCGAUAUGGUCUUUUGUCCAUGUUUCAUAAAAACCAGAUUGAGUUGCAAAGAGUUAGCGAUCAAGAAGAGCGGCCUGUGAUCAAGCCGCAUUAUCUGAUGGAACCUUCAUUCAUACUCCUUGCCGGUGUUACAGCAAGUGUAUUGCAACAGGGCGUUGCUCACCCUCUCACGCGGAUACAGGAGCUUCAUUUCCAGCGAUUAGCAACAUUGGAUGAAUUGCUACAAGCUAGACCAGGAAGGCUCGACACAAUGCAGCUGUAUACGAGAGCGUAUCAGAAAACAUGGAUACAGGCUGGCAAACGUGCGAUUAAGUCUGGAGGCUGGCUGAGGUGGUUGUACCAGGGCUUUUGGGCGACAACAUUGCGUCAGGUACCAUCAACCAGCGCCGGCUUGAUCGUGUUCGAGGUGUUCCGAAGAAAAUACGGAAUCGGCGAGGAUGCCGUUAAGAUUCCAAAGGAUGAAUACGACAUUCUGUUGCCUUAA